GACACAUGCUCUACUGUACAAAGACCUGAGACUGACGACGCUGAUGAUGCUGAUGAUGACUUGGAUUACAGUCGUGUUUUUUUAUAAUGUUGCAGAUUCCACGGAGAUAAAUGAUAUCAGUCAGCCAAACCCAGUGAUCACUGCUGAUGUUGGUGAUAAUGUGACUCUGCACUGCUUUAGACUGCGAAAGGAUAAUUCUGGAGUCGUUGUUUGGUACAAGCAAAAAGCAGGACGUGAGCCUCGUGUAAUGGUCACAGUCCAUGAACAACCCAAUUAUGAAGAUGAGUUCAAAUCACCAAGAUUCAGCACUGAGAGAGGAAAACAGAGCUGCCAUUUAAAAAUAGCUAAUGUGCAACCAUCAGACGAAGCCACGUAUUACUGUGUACGAAGAAAUUAUCUCACAAAGUUUGGAAAUGGGACAUUUUUAUCAGUGAAUGGUGAUGGAGAUGUAAAAGUGUCAGUAUCACAGAGUGGCGGAUUGGACUCGGUUCCUGCAGGAGCGUCAGUGACUCUGCAGUGCUCGGUUCUCUCUGAGAGCAGAGCAGCAGAACUCCAAGUGCUCUGGUUCAGAGCUGCUCCACCACAAUCCCAUCCUCAAAUCAUUUACACUCAUCACAACAGCAGCCAUCAGUGUGAGAGCGGCUCUUCUACACACACCUGUGUGUACAACUUCUCCAAGAACAUCCUCAGCCUCAAUGAUACUGGGACUUACUACUGCGCUGUGGCCGCGUGUGGGAAGAUCAUUUUAGGGAACGGAACACGAGUACAACUGGAGAGAUCUAUGGAUCCUGUAGUGAUCUACCUCACUUUGACUUUGGCAGUGUGUGUGGUUGUAAUUUUUAUCCAAGUUGUUAUCUUCUGUAAAUGGAAAAACCAUGAACUACAUUUGAAGAGACAAAGCUUUAAAAGAAGAAUGGAAAAAACGAACACUCAAACUUGUGACUCUGCUGAGCUGAACUACGCUGCCUUACAUUUUAAUGACAAGAAAACCAAGACAAGAAGUGAAAAACGAAAACAACCUCAAAACACUGUUUACUCCGACAUCCGGUCUCUAACAGUUACUUAAACUAUAUGUCUUAAACAUGUAUUUAACAAACAUUUUAUUUAAAUUUAAUUAUUUAAUUAUACUUUGAAGUAUGUUUAAGAAUACAGUUUAAACUGGUAGCACGCAUAUCUCAUUUUAAUCUCAAAAACAGUGUAAUAUUACUGUGUGUACAGUUUCAAUGUUAAUUAUUUUAGA